AUGACCGCCUUGCGGCUGCAUAUAAUUUUUCUGCUUUAUCUCGCCGGCCCCUUUUUGUUUCCAGCGUCUACCUCAACAGCAACCAUGCCUUCUUUUUCGGCUUUUUCGGCCGUUUCUCUGUCGCUUUAUCUUAGCCAAGCUGUUGCUGUCAGCAUUUUGGACCGUCGCGCUAAUGCAUGCACUGAGCUCACUGCAAAGUAUCCCAACAGUGUCAUUCAGCCGGGAUCUUCAGUCUACCAACAGAAUGUGAUUGAACCCUGGUCUCAGACGUGCCAGACAAGCCCCACGUGCAUCUUUGCUCCAGCUUCAGCACAGGAAGUCGCUGGUGGCCUCGCUAUCCUGCGUAAAAACAAUCUCCCCUUCGCUGUUCGCACUCAAGGGCACAUGCCUGUGCCUGGCGCAGCCGAUACAUCCAAUGGCGUGCUCAUGGUCACCACUGGCAUGAGCAGCGUGAAGUACGCAGACAGCUCCAAGAAGGUGGUUCAGAUUGGUGCAGGAAACAAAUGGCUGAACGUGUACGAGAUUCUUGCUAAAGACAACCUCGCUGUUGCCGGUGGUCGUUUUGGACCAGUUGGAGUAUCUGGCCUUCUUCUUGGUGGCGGCAUUUCCUAUUGGAGCAGUGACCGCGGGUGGAGCGCGAACCAAAUCGUCAACUACGAGGUCGUGCUUGCUGACGGCACUGUCACUGAGGCAAAUGCGAAGAAGAACACCGACUUGUUCUGGGCCUUGAAAGGCGGUGCUUUCAACUUUGGUAUUGUCACUCGCUUUGAUGUGAACACCUUUGCCGCUCCAUUUGUAUGGGGUGGUAUGGCUCUGUACGACGCUGCGCAUGUAGACGACGUGAUCAAGGCAUUCGCAAGCUUCGCUACGAAGACUGGCGGAUCCAGCGAUCCUCUCGCCCACGCAGACCCCACGGUCACGUACAACGUCACUACCGGUGAAAGGACAGUAUUCAGCAUCUACAUGCGCAGAGGCGAUGAUCCAGCACCCGCUUCCUUCAAGAACUUCACCAGCAUUCCUUCUACAUUCCAGGAUCUUCGUGUUGAGAAGACAAUAGUCGGCCACGUCAAUGACACCAAUCCUAUCAAUUUCCAAGUCGGUGACAGGCGGCAACUUUUCUCGUCCACGGGCUUGAAAGCUAGCCCCGAGUCGGUAUUUUUGAUCAACCAGACUUUCUUCGACAUGAUUGCCAAAACCCCAGCGCUCAAGAAUACCAUUGACGUCAGUCUCUCCAACACCUACCAAGUCUUCACCCCUGGUAUGAUCAACACUGCGAAAGCUUCGGGAGGAGACCCCAUCGGACUCGUAGACCCUAAUGGCAACGGAGUUCUCGGUGCUUUGUACGGUGGCAACUGGAAAGAUCCCAAGGACGACCAAUUCAUCUACAAGUUCUUCCAAGACAUGAUUAAUGAACUCGACAGCAGAGCGAAAAAGGCUGGUCUCUACUAUGACUUUGUCUACCUGAACGAUGGGGCACCAACCCAGACAAAGGAUGUUUUCCAGAAAUACUCCCAAGGAAAAGCCUUGCCAAAAUUGAGGGAGAUUGCUAAGAAAUACGAUCCUAAACAGGUUUUCCAGAAGUUGACACCUGGUGGUUUCAAGCUCAUCAACGCCCCGUCGUAA